AUGAAAUACUCCUCAAUCGCUUCAGUCUUUGCUUUUACCUCCUCUGCUUUGGCAGCUGUUAGACAAGUGCAAUUAUUUGCCGAAUCGGACAAUGACGAAAUCAGCGGUCAAGGUUUAUCUUCAAUCCACGAAGGUGCAGGUACAAACUAUUUCUUUCUCGGUGAAGCUGGCCAAACUCUCCAGUACGACGACGAGGCUAGAAGCUUGUACAUCACCUUGAACUCACAACCACCAGCACCACAACAAUUGGCAUUUCAAGGCCAAUUCUUGGCGUUGACUGUGGCUCAAGGCGCAUUAUCAGUUGACAUUCAAGAAGAUGGUUCAGUCUCAUUUGACGGCUCAGACUCUCUUUAUGCUGCAAAGAAUGUCGAUGAUCCAUACAGAUACUCUGAAAACUCAUGGGCUGUUGUCAAUACUGAAUCAGAUGGUGCUAUCCCACUUAGAGUCCAAGCCAGGUUUGUUGGAGAAAACGAGGAAACCUCUUCUUCAACUGAAGAACCAACUGAAGAGCCAACUGAAGAGCCAACUGAAGGACCUACUCCAGCUCCUGUUGACAACUCUACUACACCUGAAACCACUAUUUCUACUUUUGAAGCUGCUGGUGUUAAGGUUAGCGGAGGCUUGUCCAUUGCAGCUGUUGCUUUUGCUGCUCUUGGUUUAGCUUUUUAA